UUGUCUACCGCGGCAUCUCCGGGAAUCUUCCGUAGUUAAUUAUCGGGAAAAUGAUAUGUUGGAACUGUUCCAUAUUUCUUUUAAACAAAGGAAGAGAGAAUACGCUUAGAAAAAGAUGAACUCCAAGCUUGUUAACGAGCUCUUUAAGCAGACGAAGGAAGCUGUUUCCCGUGCAUAUUGUCCAUAUAGUAAUUUUGCCGUCGGUGCAGCCCUUCUCUGUGAUGACAAAAAAACAGUUAUACAGGGAGCAAAUGUCGAGAAUGCCUCAUACAGUGUCGGUAUAUGUGCCGAACGAACUGCCAUAGUGAAAGCCAUUACUUCCGGACACAACAAAUUUAUGGCCUUGGGUGUCAUGUGUCACAAAGGAAGAGUGAGUCCUUGUGGCAUUUGUCGUCAAAUGAUUCGAGAGUUUUCAAAAACACUUGAUAUUUAUAUGUUCGAAUUGGAUGGAACAUAUACAAAGGCUUCCAUUAAGGAUCUACUGCCAGACUCGUUCGGACCAGAAGAUCUUUAAAUAAUGCGAAAAAUAAAAUAGACCGUAGUAUUUUUAUUACUGAAAUAGCAUGCACAGGACAGUCGUAUCAUCUACUUUUCCCCCAGUAUACCGAUAACCUACUGUCUGCGCAGCCCGAGCGAAUGGAGACAACCAGACUUCAUCGCGAGAAUUCGAGACUGCUUGUUGACAAAUCGUCUUCACUAUUUUAUCAGCCAAGCUCUGCGGGUCUUGGCUUGGAGAAGAAAUGAGCUGACGAACAAUGUUGGCACAGUCCUCAGCUUCCAUGUUAUCGAAAAGACCAUCCGUAGCAACAAUAACUACAUCAUUCUGAAGGAUA